AUGAUCAUGGACGAUUAUAAGUUUUUAUUUAAGGUUGUUCUAGUAGGAAAUGCUGGGGUUGGUAAAACAUGUCUUGUAAGGCGUUUUACACAGGGGCUUUUUCCCCCUGGUCAAGGGGCAACAAUUGGAGUGGAUUUUAUGAUAAAAACAGUUGAUGUUGGUAGUGAGAAAGUCAAACUUCAAAUAUGGGACACUGCAGGUCAGGAACGCUUUCGUUCAAUAACUCAAAGCUACUACAGAUCUGCACAUGCCCUAAUUUUAGUUUAUGACAUUUCUUGCCAACCAACCUUUGACUGCUUACCUGAUUGGUUACGGGAAAUUGAAGAGUAUGCCAGUAGCAAAGUUUUAAGAGUUUUGGUGGGUAACAAAAUUGACAGGGAGGACAGAGAGAUACCCACUGUUGUAGGGGAGGAGUUUGCUGAAAGACACAACAUGUACUUUUUAGAAACAUCCGCUAAGGAGUCUGAUAAUGUUGAGAGGCUUUUCAUGCAGAUUGCUGAGGAUUUAAUGAAGCAAGCCAGAAGUCGCGAUUUACCGCGGUACGACUCGAAUACGACCACGAUAGAUGGAAAAACGUCGACCAUCAGCGAUUUUAGUUGUUGUAGUAAGUAACAAUGAUGUUUUUUUAAAGUUUUGCUUAGGUUUAAACAAAUUAUCUUUUACUAAAUUUGGUUGUGAGAGGUCAAAAUUAAACUUAACAGUCGCAUGUGGCCUCUAUAUGUGUACCCAGAGAACCUGGAACAGGGGGGUUAGUGAAUGACCCCAGUAUUUUAGUUUCUGCGCGGCCUCAUUUCUUUUUUCAUUGCUUAGUUACUAUAAGAAAUACAAAAAUACAUUAAAUUUUAAAAUAAUAAAAAACAAUAAUGUAAUAAACACAAAAAGGAAAUCACAUAAGAGCACGUAUUCUUCAAUAACCUCAGUCGCACUGUUUUCGAAUAAAGUGAGGUUAGCCACGUGGCUAACCUCACUUUAUUCGAAAACAAUUGACAACUACCUGAAAUAAAUGUACACACUGGUAUUUAUACGUCCGACGUAUACAAAAUUUGGUAUACGUCUUGUGCAAGAUUCAUACACCUUAAGAUAGGAUGGUGCGCAUGUUGGGCGGGGCUUAAUGACGUCACUUGAUGAGUGUUUUUAAAUCUUUAACGUGCUUUUUAAUUAUCUGCUGCUAAAAUUCUUGUUUUUGCGAUGCUUUUGGAUGUUAACUUGCUCUACUUUUUGUCUAACUUGUCGUUUUUGUGUUCGGUAAGGUUCGAAUUACUUUUCAGCGUUCAAAUUAUUGUUAAUUAACGUUAACCUGUUAGGUUUGUUUAUUAUUGUUUUUGUGUUGCGUUAACUUGUUUUGUUUGUGUUUUAGAUUGUAUAGUGCCAUUUGCAUUUAUUAAAAUGCGGUGUGGCAUAUUUGGAUGCAAUUCGGACAACCAGUCCAAGAAAAACCCUUUAAAUAAAAACAUUAAAUUUAAUCGAUUCCCGAAAAAGUUUGAUUUCUGGAAACAGUGUUUAAAUGCCACAAAAAUAAUAGACAAUAUUUACGUUAAGACCGCUUCUGUUUCCUAUAAACAUUUUCUGGACAGUGACUAUAAGUUUAAUUUAAAACACCAACGCUUAAACACAGCCCUAAAUGUUAUCAAGGACUGAAAGCAUUUAUUAUCCAUAUUAUAACACUUUCUUCAAUAUUAAGUUUAAUAAAAACGAUGUCCAG